UGGUUCAGAGCUGCAUGGGGAGAUGCUGCUGCAGGUCCGGUUUCUUGGUGUCUGGUCGGUGCCAUCAUUUCCCUCCCCCUCCCCCGCCCUCCCCGAGCCGGCGACUUCCCGUCCCCCUCCCCCUCCCCACCGAGGGGGCAGGGGGCUGGGCACGAACUCUCCAUAAUGCCCCGUACAGCCUCCCGGCCGGGCCGCGGGGACUCUGGCGGCAGCGAGAGGCGGGAGAGCCGUGCUGACCGCUGACCACUUGCCCGGCUGCUCCUCUGUCUCCCCUCCCUCCCUUUCAGAGCUGGCACCACAGUCCCACCCCCCACCUCCCACCCCGCCUCCUCGGGCCCUCCCAGCCUCUCCACGUAAGCCCCCCCCCACCUGCCUCUCACCCUCCCCUCCCCCAUCCGCAUCCUCCUCGUCCUGUACCCCCUCCCUCUGUCCUCUCACCCGGUCCUCCCCUCCUCGGCUCUCUCCCAACCCUCUGGCUGGCUUUCUCCUGCUCCCUUUCUCGGGUCCUCCCUGUCCCCGGUCUCUCCCCAUUUCCCCAGUCUCAUCUAACUCCCUUUCUCGGGUCCUCUGGUCUGACUCGACAGCCCCAUCCCGUCCCUGCCCUGUCCCCUUUGUGCCCCUUUCUCUUUCUCUCUCUCCUUCCCCGGCUUGGCGUCCCUUCUCCACCUCUAACUCCCUUCAGCUCGGCCUCCCUGUCCCUUCUCGGCCGCUCGCUCGGCUCCCUGCCCGAGGCCUGAGCACCAUGCUGACCCCAAUGGUGGCUGGAGGGGUGGUGUUCCCCGGACUCUUCCUGCUCUCCAAGAACACGCUCCAGCGGCUGCCCCAGCUGCGCUGGGGGGAGGCCGACGCGGUCAUUGUCUCAGCCAGGCUAGUGUCCUCUGUCCAAGCCGUCAUGGCCUCCACAGCUGGCUACAUCGUCUCCACCUCCUGCAAGCACAUCAUAGAUGACCAACACUGGCUUUCCUCUGCCUACACGCAAUUUGCGGUGCCCUACUUCAUCUAUGACAUCUACGCCAUGUUCCUCUGUCACUGGCACAAGCACCAGGUCAAGGGGCACGGAGGGGACGAAGCGGGGACCAGAGCCCCGGGCAGCACCUGGGCCGCGGCACGCGGCUACCUGCACAAGGAGUUCCUCAUGGUCCUCCACCAUGCUGUCAUGGUGCUCGUGUGCUUCCCACUGUCCGUGGUGUGGCGUCAAGGCAAGGGAGAUUUCUUUCUAGGCUGCUUGCUGAUGGCAGAGGUCAGCACCCCCUUCGUCUGCCUUGGCAAGAUCCUCAUCCAGUACAAGCAGCAGCACACGCUGCUGCACAAGGUGAACGGGGCCCUGAUGCUGCUCAGCUUCCUCUGCUGCCGGGUGCUGCUCUUCCCCUACCUGUACUGGGCCUACGGGCGGCACGCGGGCCUGCCCCUGCUCGCCGUGCCGCUCGCCAUCCCGGCCCACGUCAACCUGGGCGCCGCGCUGCUCCUAGCCCCGCAGCUCUACUGGUUCUUCCUCAUCUGCCGCGGGGCCUGCCGCCUCUUCCGGCCCCGGGGCUCCCGGCCGCCCUCCCCCUGUCAGACCCAGGACUGAGGGUGGGGCCGGGGGCCGGGGGCCCUCCCCACCCCACCCCUACGCCGUGGGGACAGGGCUCUGGGGCUGCUGGGUGGGGGGAGGAGCCAGUGGCCUCUUGCCCUGACAGCCCCCGGGAACUGACAGAUGGACUCCGAAGGGGUGGGGACAUGUCCCCUCAGGGGCUGAGGGCUGGGACCAGGUGAGUUGGAAGGCAGGGAGAGGGGACCUCUCCCUACAGUGCCUGAACCGAGCGAGGGUCGACCCCCUCCUGCCUAGCCUCUGUCUCCAUCACCUCCCCUGGGCCCUGGAGAAGCGAAGGAAGAGGAAGAAGACGCACCCCUUCCCAACCGCUUAGGGCUCAAGGCUGUGGGGAGCCUGAGGGGACCAGGACUCACAGAAUUGUCGGGGAGGCCCUGCUGCCAAGGCCAUGCCAGCCCCCCUGCUGCAAACUCCUCUCAACUCCCUGUCACCUGGGAGGGAGGGGACACCCUAUCUAAUGCCCGUGGGCUCGCUCAGGGCUGGCUGUCCCCACUGCUCCUCUCCAGGGGAGGCCAACCUGAGGAAUCUUAUUUAUUUUAUUAAUUCGUCCAAAUGCAAACUCGUUUGUGGGUGUCGGGGGAGGGAGGUGGUUGCUACCCCCCAGCCUUCCCAGUGCUGAGCAACCCCGGGGGCAGGUGGGGGGCCGCCUGGUCCCUUCCCCAUUAGGCUGCACAUCUCGCCCUCGGGCCCUGGCAUGUCCCUGGUGCUACAGACCUCUCAAGGCUUCCUCCAGUCUGGGGUCGGGGGACCCUGGGAGGUGCUUUACAGACCGCUAAUAAAGACGAUCUGCGUGAACGCCA